AUGGAAAUGGAAAUUGAGGAAAUAUAAGACGUUUUAAAAAAUAGAAAUAAGUUAGAAGGUUUAUAAAAAUGUGAUAUUUAGUAUGAAGAUAUCUAAAAUUUGGCUUCGCAUUUUAUGAAAUUUAAUUAGAAUUUAGAGAAAAUUUAAUUAGAUAGCUACAAUUUAACAUCUAUAGUUUUAAAAGCUUUGAACAAUUUUGACAAUAGCUAUGUUGCUAUCUGUGUUUGUAAUAUAAAAAAGAUAAGUUAUUCCCAUAUAGCAACUAAAACUAAAAAAUUAGGAAUUAAUUUUGUUUCUGAGCAUAUCUUUGAUGAUAGACUUCUUUACUAAAUAUUUGAAUAUAAUUAAUAUUUGUUUGCUUGUAAAACUUUAGGAAUGAGUUAAAUAAAUGAACAGAAUUUUAACCUUGUAAAGAGUGCUCUGGUUUAAGAUCAGCAAGUUGAUUAAGAUUUACUAGAAAUUAUUAACAAUUAAAAUGUUGUAGAAAAAUUAUAAAAAUGCUUAAAAUUAGAAAAACUGAAUUUGGAUUUAAACUUUUUGGAGAUGAACCAAAAAUAUAUUUAUUCAAUAUUAAAUAUUGAUAUUCUCAGCUCAAAUCUGAUAGAUCUCAAAAUAGGAUUAAUUUAAAGCGGCAUUUAAGACUUUAUAGUGAAGGAAAUCGCAGAAGCUUUAUUUAAGUAUAACAAACUCCAAAAUCUAGAUUUGUUGCUUUCCUUAAAUCCUAUUUCAGAGAAGUCAAUAUAUAUGAUUCUAAACACAAUUAGUCAACUUAAUAACUUGGAAAAUCUUGUCUUAGAUUUAUAUAAAUUAUAAAAGCCAAUUAGUAUUAUGGAGGAAGAUAAUUAAGAGAGAUAGCAAAAUUAGUUAUAAAUCGAAAAUUCAAUCAAAAAUUUAAAAAUCGAUUUGUCGUGCAAUUAAUAUUUAUCAUCAAAUUCCUUCUAAGAUUUCAUAAAUAUUUCAUUAAGUUGUACAAAGAGCUUAACAGAUUUUUAUUUAGAUUUAAGCAAAAAUCCUAUUUCAAAUGAAGUUUUCUGCUCAAUAAUUAAGGAUCUAUCUUAAUAAACAUAAUUGAGGUCUUUGAACUUACGUUUAGUUGAUCUAAAAAUUAAUUUUGAUGCCUUUAAAGAUUGCUUUGUUAAAUUGACUGAAGUAGAAAGUUUUGUGAUAUAACUUGAUAAAUCUAUCCCUUCUUGCAUAAACCUAUUUGAAGAACUGUUGUUUUUAAAAAAACUAAAACAUCUUGAAGUAAGUACUCAGAAUAAACACUCAAUUACAUAACAUUCAAACAUUUCUAGUAUACUCAGAAAAAUGAAUACUCUUUAGUCUUUCGUUUUAAAUUUUAAUAGUUCAGAGAGAACAUUUUAAUAGAUUAAACCUAUUCAGAGAUUAAAAGGAUAUGCUUACUAUGAAUGUCUAAAACUUAGUUAUCUUGUAUCAGCCGAUCUAUUAUUCUGA